AUGGCGGCCAGCAGGAGGCUGAUGAAGGACAACCCUCCAUACGAUAAGGGGGCCUUCAGAAUCGAAAUCAACUUUCCAGCAGAGUACCCAUUCAAACCACCGAAGAUCACAUUUAAAACAAAGAUCUAUCACGAAAAGGGGCAGGUCUGUCUGCCGGUAAUUAGUGCUGAAAACUGGAAGCCAGCAACCAAAAGCGACCAAGUAAUCCAGCCCCUCAUAGCACUGGUGAACGACCCCCAGCCCGAGCACCCGCUUCGGGCUGACCUAGCUGAAGCGGACAGUAAAAAAUUCUGUAAGAAUGCUGAAGAGUUUACAAAGAAAUAUGGGGAAAAGUGA